CGAAGCGAGCGAGACAGACACCGCCUCACCGACAACCAAGAACCCUACAAUUAACAUUUAGUAGGCGAGAUUCGUUCGUCGCAUCGAUUCGUCACGAGUUAAUUGUUCCCUAAAAAUUUCCUUUGACAUGGAAAAUUUGUCGCGCGUGUGCUAGUGCCUUGUGAUCGUGCCGUAUUAGAAUCUGAUGGGAAGCCAUGAACUGUGCGUACUAUCAGCAGCAUGGGGCGCCGCACCCGGCUGCCCAUAAUGUCAAUAAUAACUACUUCAACGAGGUUAGUAUCGACCCCGUGACCGCAGAUCACAAGGAUAUGAAGAUAUUAGAACAUCCGAGCUUACGCGGUACGCCUCUGGCGAUGCUGGCGGCACAGUGCAACAAACUGUCAAGCAAAUCCCCUCCUCCGCUGGCGGACGCCGCCGUGGGCAAGGGCUUCCACCCGUGGAAGAAGAGCCCGGGUGCACACUCGCCGCCCGGCGCCGGCGCUGCACCGCGCUCGCAGCCGCCCGCCUGCUCGCCGUACGGCCGCGGUCCCACCUCGUGCGCGGCCGCGCCCUCCUACGGCAACGAUCUCUACUUCCCGUCCUCGGGUGACCAACUCCUCGGCAAAAGUGAAUCCAGCGCAAGUCUCGGCUCUAUGUACUCGCGACACCCCUAUGAGUCGUGGCCAUUCAAUGUCGGUGGCGGUGGCGGCACUGGCGCUCUCAAAGCUGCCGAGAUGAGCGGCGUGAGUGCCGUCGGCAGUACGUGGUGGGAUGUACACAGCGGAUGGCUGGAUGUAGGAGGCCAGAUGGCUAAUUAUGCCGGCCAAGACUACUCACAACUGACACAUUCUCUAUCGGGAGGUGCGCAUUUAUUACCACCCGCGCCUCACCUGCUGCAAGAUGCAUACAAAUCCGUACUCCCCACACAAGGCUCAUUCGGCCUACACGCACCCGGGUCUCCUGCACCGCCGGCACAAGCACCAUCUCCGAGGUCACAACGUCGAUAUGCUGGCCGGGCCACCUGCGACUGUCCUAACUGUCAAGAAGCGGAGAGGCUCGGCCCCGCCGGAGCACAUCUGCGAAAGAAAAAUAUUCACAGCUGUCAUAUACCCGGUUGUGGAAAAGUAUACGGCAAGACAUCCCACCUGAAAGCUCAUCUCCGCUGGCAUACUGGCGAGAGACCCUUCGUUUGCAACUGGUUGUUCUGUGGUAAACGAUUUACACGCUCGGAUGAGCUACAAAGACACCUAAGAACACAUACGGGGGAAAAAAGGUUCGCGUGUCCGGUGUGCAAUAAGAGAUUCAUGAGGUCCGACCACCUCGCGAAGCACGUGAAGACUCACAACGGUGGCAAGAAGGGCAGCUCGGACUCGUGCUCGGACUCCGAGGAGAACAGCCAGGGCGAGGGCGGCGCGGGGGGGCGCUCGCCCGAGCACCCGCUGGACGUGAAGCCGAGCGCGCUGGUGUGACGGGGGCACGCGGCGCCCGCGCACCACGCGCCGCCGCUGCUGUGAUCCCCGCGCUCGCUGUACAUACCACAUAUCACUACACUGUAACAUAGGAGCCACACGUGUAAUAGAGACAAUGUGCCGCCGAGGCCCGACGUGUAUGUAUUUGUUGUGAGACUUAAAGUGUUGUACAGUAUAGAUACUAUUAAAAAAUAAUUAUCUCAUAUUAUAGCUAGAUAUUAUAUGUUAAAUUAGUGUAAGUAGAAUCACUCUUUAGUCCAAAAUUGCAGAUUAAUUUAUUGAAACAAUACCUCAGCAUGUUUCAAAAGGAAUCUUUUAUUUAUUGUACAGAACUAAGCAAACAUUCUUACUUAAAAUGAACUUGGCUCAUAAACAACUCUCCUUUUGUAACAGAAGUGUGUUUCAUUAGAAAUAAUGUGAUCUUUAUGUUAUCGUGUUUUAUUAUUUGUAGAAACUGUGUUAAGUACUUAAUAAUCAAAAUGUUAUUUACAGUAAUAAAAGCGUAAGGACCGAGCUCCGAUAAAAAUAAAUUGUUGAAUAUAAUUUUCAUGCUAAAUGAAAAAUGAAAUUACCGUCAUUAACCUAAAAAUUGUGGAAUCAGAAAUGGUAUUAUAAGAACACUUUCCCACUAGUGGGUUUUGCCCAAUUUUGCCCAUAUAAAUGCGGGUUGCAAUGAAAUUUAAAUAAUUGUGCUGCCAACUCUGAUUCCACAUUUUAUUUAUAAGUACAUAAAUCUAAAUAAAACGUCACUUGUAUUUUCCCAAUGCUAUCUGAUUGUUGUUUAUGAGAAAGGUCAAUUAUAGAUCAGCAACCUUUAAAUAACUAUAACAGUGUUGUAUAAUACAAUAUUAGUAAAAGUUAACUAAAAUUCCACAGUUGAUUUCAACAAUACGUUCUUGUUUUGUUCAAUAAAAUCGAUGUUGACGUCCUCGUCGAAUCGAUAAACUAUUCGGUGAUAUUUGUUAGCUUGAAAACUGUAAUUGUAAUAAAAUGUAUAUUGUACAAAAUUGUGCGAAUUAAAAAAUGCCUGAUAUUGAUUUUAUAAAAAUUGAAUAUAUUUUUCCGAGUGGA